AUGAGUCCUGGGGUUUAUACUAUUCAAGAGCUUGAGCGUCAUAUCGUCAAUUGUUCUACGGCUCUCGGUGCCCUGGGUGUCCCAGCAUCCGAAGAUGGGCAUGAACUUGAAGAGGAGGUUAAGGGCUUCAUAUCCAAUGCCCGGAAGUCGCAACACUACCACCUUGGAAUCAUUCAGUCACUUUCAAGAGCUAUUUUGUUACGCGUGGAGAGGAUUGACAACUGGAGCUCAAUGGCUUUGGCAUUUCGCCGCGGGGGCGAGAUCACUAUCACGGACGCUAUGCGCACUUUUGCCGCUUCAAGAGCGGAGGUUGUUGCUUGGAUGGCAGAGUUGCGCGCCUUUGGUCUCAGCGCAUGA